CAGAAAUUUUUUGUACUCCUAAUUGAAGCUGCCGAUCGAGCAAGCAAGCUUCCAUCCCAGCGCCGCCGCCACCUGCUGACUGGUGCGUGCGUCCGUCCACGGUGGCAUGCGGCGGCGAUCGUCGGUCUCCGUCGUUCAUGCCGUUCUCCUUCUCCUCGUCGCGGCGGCCGCGCUGCCGAUCGCCGCCGCGCAGCCGUGGCAGUUGUGCGGCCGCGGCGGCGGCGGAGGCGGCGGCACCUACGCGGUGAACAGCACCUACGACGCCAACCUCCAGGGCCUCAUCAGCGACCUCCAGCUGAACGCCUCCACCUCGCCCACCCUCUUCGCCUCCGGCGCCCUCGGCUCCGCCCCGGACACCGUCUACGGCAUCAUCCUCUGCCGCGGCGACGUGAGCUCCUCCGACUGCUACGACUGCGGCACCAGGGCCGGCCAGGACGUCGGCCAGGUCUGCAACCGCACCAGGGACGCCAUCCUCGUCUACAACCAGUGCUACGCCCGCUUCUCCGACAAGGACUUCCUCGCCGCCACCAACAACUCUGGCCAGGUGCCGCUCAUGAACGCCGCCAACAUCACCAGCGCCGACGUCGCCGGCUACGACCGCGCCGUCGCAGGCCUCCUCAACGCCACCCUGCUGUACGCGGUGGAGAACACGACGAGGCUGUUCGCCACGGGGCAGCGGGUGGGGGCCGACCCGGGGUUCCCUAACAUCUACUCGGCGGCGCAGUGCACGCCGGACCUGUCGCCGGCGGUGUGCCGGAGCUGCCUCGACGACCUGGUGGCCGCGUGGUGGAAGACGUUCCCGCUGAACACGCUGGGCGCGAGGAUCGUCGGCACGAGGUGCAACUUGAGGGCCGAGGUAACCCAGGACAAGUUCUACACCGGCGCCCCAAUGCUGAAGCUGUGGGCGGACGGCCUCUCGCCGCCGGCGACGUCGCCGGAUGCUGUGCCGGGCACUACGGGAGGCAAGAAAAAGUCAGUAAAAACAAUUCUGGAAAUUGUCUUGCCGAUAGUGGCAGCUGCAAUCUUAGUUGCAAUUUCCCUGUGUUUGUGGAACAUGCGUAAGAAGAGAAGAUGGCGAAAAGCAGAUCAUUUAACCGGAGCUGACGCAGCUGAGGAUUUUGAAAGUGUCAAGUCAACCUUGUUAUCUCUGGCGUCAUUGCAAGUGGCAACUGAUAAUUUCAACGAAAGCAUGAAACUCGGUGAAGGGGGGUUCGGUGCAGUUUAUAAGGGACUACUUACCGGACAAGAAGUGGCAGUGAAAAGGCUAGCGAAGGGUUCGAACCAAGGGCUAGAAGAGGUGAAAAACGAGCUAGUUUUGGCGGCCAAACUUCACCACAAGAAUCUUGUGCGGCUUGUGGGUUUUUGCCUGGAAGAAGGAGAGAGGAUGCUUGUCUACGAAUACAUGCCAAACAAAAGCCUCGACACCUUUCUCUUUGAUGAAGAGAAAAGGAAAGGGCUAGAUUGGACUACACGAUUCAGGAUCAUCGAAGGCAUUGCUAGGGGGUUGCAGUAUCUUCACCAGGACUCGCAGAAGAGGAUCGUCCACCGUGACAUGAAGGCAAGCAACAUCUUGUUGGACGCAGACAUGAACCCUAAGAUCGGCGACUUCGGGCUCGCUAGGCUCUUUGGGCAAGACCAGACUCGAGAGGUCACGAACCGUAUCGUCGGAACAUUUGGCUACAUGUCUCCGGAGUACGUGAUGCACGGACAGUAUUCCACGAAAUCAGAUGUGUUCAGCUUUGGCAUUCUCAUCAUAGAGAUCGUGACCGGCCGGAGAAGGAGCAAUGGGCCCUAUUUCUAUGAGCAAAAUGAAGAUAUAAUAAACAUAGUAUGGAGGCACUGGUCAGAGGGAAACAUCGUGGAGAUGAUAGACAACUCCUUGGGAAGAAACUACAGUGAGGAUGAGGUGCUGAAGUGCAUCAACAUCGGCCUGCUCUGCGUCCAGCAGAACCCGGUUGAUCGCCCUACGAUGGCGGAUGUCAUGGUUUUGCUGAACAGCGACGCCACCAGCACCCUGCCGGCCCUCGUGGUUCAUAGGCCAGCGUCGUCCUCCGACGGGAGCUCUGGCUACUCCCAGACCGUGACGCAAUUGUCUCCCAGGUAGCAGAGGCAGAGGCUAAAGCAGAGCUGGCCGGCGUCGCUAGUGCAGUUGGCUUGCUGCUUGUCUUUUGUUUCGUGUUGAAAUUGUGUGGGUAUAUAUUGCCAUAUUUUGGCUGUAUUCUUUUGCAAAGGAUUAUUUGGCGGCAUUCACGCGCAUGUUUUCCAAGCUGGUAAAAAAGUACAUUCUUUUGCAAAAAUUAUAUAUAAAAAAG